CUUAACUUUCAUCAUCCCUUUUCUCGUCUCUUCUUCUCUGCGAUAUCGGAGAGUGAUCUCAGCAGCAGCAGGAUGGUACGGUAAAGUCUCCUUUAGCUUCAGCUGCAACAAAAUCUGUCCGAAGAUGGCGGAUAGCAAAACAGUCCGAUUGGGAAGCAGAAUUCACACGCUUGAUUUGGCGGCACCACGGAUGCCCCGCCCUUUUCAAUUCCCGUCACGCGUCUCGUUUCCCGCCCCCGCCAAACCUCCUCUUCGCUUCCGAGUCUUGGCCAUGGCUGUCAAGAGGAGCCCCAAGCGCCUCAAAUACUCCGCUCCUCGCUUCACCAAGGAGGGCGGGUUGGUUUAUGUGGAAGCUGAUCCUAAUGGAGAGGAUAGCUGGAAGUUGGAUCCCAUCGUUGAGCUUCUGAAGCAGGGCGCCGUUGGUGUCAUUCCCACUGAUACUCUGUACGCCAUAGUUUGUGAUUUGAAGAGCCCAUCAGCUAUUGAACGUCUUCGUAGGAUUAAACACAUUGAACCAUCCAAGCCUCUCAGCAUCUUAUGCCGCUCUUUGCGAGAUAUAGACAUGUACACGACUGGUUUCCCUCGCGGUGAUGGCCAAGGACAUGCGAGUAUCUUCCGAGCUGUUAAGCAUUGUUUACCCGGACCGGUAAGUAAGGAUUACACUUUCAUAUUGACUGCAAGCAAGGAGUUGCCUAAACGAUGUAUGAGGUAUGGGACUCCAACUGCCAAAUAUGCUGCUCGGAAGGAUGUGGGCGUCAGGAUGCCGGAUGAUGCCAUUUGCCGGGCAAUACUUGAAAAGCUUGACGCACCACUGAUUUCCACAAGCGUGAAGGGCCUUAAGGAAAAUGAAUGGUUGUUGGAUCCUGUUGCAAUAGCCGAUGCAUAUGGACCAGAGGGACUGGAUUUCAUUAUCGAUGGCGGUGUGAGAGUUGCUGAUCCUUCCACUGUGGUUGACAUGACAAGAAUAACUCCAGUAGUCGUACGGCAAGGAAAGGUAACCGAGCUUGUGUAAUAAGGAGGAACAGUUUUUUUGGGAAAAUGGAAGGGAGAACAGUUCAUUUUAACUUUGAUGUUACGUGUACUGAUUUCAUAAAUGGAAAAUUCUCAGGGACCUAAACUGCCGUGGAUGGAGUCUGAAGAAGACAGUGAAUCAGCUUUAAAGCCUGAAGACCUUAUACCUUAUACUACUUGAGAUAUGUAAAUCCUGCUGAAUCUUGUUUGCUUGAGACUUUUAAGACGACAUUGUACAGCUAAUUCAAGAUCUUGUUGAUAAUCUAAGUAAAAUGAAAUGUAUAGCUGAGGGAGUAAGACCUGUCAUGAGGAACUCCAUUGUCUGUUCCUGCUAAUUUUCUCAAUUGGGUAUGAAUUAAAUUUAGCAUAAUAUUUGUGGCCUUCAAUUUUAGCCUUGAAGCUGACCAUUUAUUCAUGGUUCAUCGGUUAGCAACCUUUUCCAUCCAGCUUCUUUCAUCUGCUCCUGUUUAUCUGUAACUCAUUCUGCUGAUUCAGAAGCUUCCAAUAUAUCGGCAGAUACAAUUACACAAAUGCUGCAAAAGUAACUGUUGAUGUCACCUUCAGUGAGGCUUGUGGGUUGAAGUGCUUGAACUCAUCACACUGUGAUGUUUUGAUAGACGGUCCAGGUUCUAUUGAUGCUUCUUCUCUGCGGGCUGUUAAACCGAACCUGAAAUACGAAGUUGACAUAGCCCUCUCCAUGGGAAGUAUGUACGGCCGUGUUGUUAUCAGAAUGGUGAAUGGUUCUUGUAGAGAUAAAGCUGGAAACCCUUUUACAAGGAGCAAAAAUUCGGCGAUGAUUGUUCGCUUUGGAGACCAGUGGUGGCAGAUUUAUGGAUGCCUGUUUCAUCCUAUGUGCUGAAGAUCAAUGGAGUGCCAAGAACUGUUCUCUCAACUAACAAAAUGGAAGAAUUAAAAAUUUUCCUGGAUUUCAGUAAUCCCAUAAAGAAUUCGACAGAGGAAGUCCUAAGUGCAUUACAUGUCAAGUCAGGUUCUGUAUCAUCUGUUCUUAGUGGACAUCAGGGGAAUGGCAAGUUUGCUUUUCGGCUCAUGAAUGUAUCCCGUACCGAAAUCAUCGUGAUUGAGCUUGAAACCAGUUUGAUAAUUGGUAGGACUGGCACUCCCACUUCACCGGUUUCCCCACUGACAAUUCUCUAUGAUACGGAGGACCCUGCAGUAGGGCUAAGUUCUGACUUGCAAAAUGUGACAAAAGCUUCUCGCAUCAAUUUUGUUGCGGAGUUCACGAAGCCAGUUUUUGGCUUUGAUCCCUCAAUGGUAGAAGUACAUGGAGGGAAGAUUGCAAGGCAGGUUUAAGGAACUCUCAAGAGCACUAUACUCAUUGACCGUCAUUGUUGAAGCUGAGAAAACACUCUCUGUUUCUGUUCUUGCUGGCAAAGUAAGUGAUAUUUCUGGAAAUCAGAAUCUGGCAUCCAACAGAGUUCAACUGAAGCACUAUUCAACCCCUGCAGUCUCAACGGCACUCCAAUCCUUUAUCACUGCUGGAGUACUAGCAACAUCACUUGCAGUGGCUUGUCUUUCACUAUCCUAUGCCAAUAUCGGAAUAAUAAGUGCUCUCUUAACAGGAGAAACCAAAUUCGUUGCUCCAAGUCCAUCAACUAAUCUGCAUGGAAUGUUUGGGCAUCUCCAAGUCUUUGUGAUGUCAGAUUGGUUCUCUCCCAAUCAUCCAAUUGAAUAUUCAGAGACAGUAAAAGGUCUCAAGUGGCUUAUACCUCGUGGCAAGCUUCCAUGGAGAAAGAUUUCAACUAUAACUUGGACCAACCAUUUUCAUAUUACUAGUGGGAUAAAAGGUUUCAUGGCCGUUGGACUUCCUAUGCUUCCCGUUGGUGAGCAUAAGCACCAGGGGAACUUCACGAGUUAUGAUGGGUUUCGUGGGAAAGCUGUGAGCUCGCGAAGUGCUCAGUAUGGACAACCUCUCAAUUCAGCCGAAUACUUUACUUAUUUCUUGAGAGGAGAGCCCUUGUCUGCCAGCAAUGUCGUGAAGAAACUGGAAAACAAUAAAGGGUGGGAAGACAUGGAGAUGAACCUAUUUUGGCUUGCUGCGAUUGCAGGCAGUUUGCUUGCACUCCAUAUUUCAAUAUUCCUUCUCCUGAGAUGGAGGACAGGAUCAACAACAUCAGUUAAUUUUGGAAUGGUUUCAUUUCCAAGGUUCGAGAUCCUUCUUCUAAUCGUUAUGUUACCUUGUAUCUCUCAGUCAGCAGCAUUUGUCGUUAAAGGUGGAACAAUUGGAGGCAUGAUCACUGGAGCUUUGUUGCUGGUCAUCCCGGCAGCAUUCAUUUUAUCCGUCUUACUCUUCCUCCUAGUCGCCAUUCUUCCUGGGAAAUUUGUUCAAUACAAGGAGAUUAAGUAUACGAUUGUGAGGGAGGCAUGGUAUGAAAAGCUGUGGUUCUUUAUCAUCAGCAGACCAGUAAUGGGGAAGUGGGUCUACAGAGAAGGCUCCACUUCGUCUCUCCUACAGAACUUCAGAAGCCUCUUUGAGAAUCAAAAGGGCCCCCCUUUCUUCAUCUUCGUUGAUAAAACUGAUCAAAGCACCGUUCCAAAGUGGAGUGAGGGUGGCCAAAGUGGCGGAAUUGGAAGAAUGCGAGCCAUCAGUUCGAAUGACAGCAAUGAAGAAGAAUUGAAGGUUCCUGGCCCCGUGAGGUUUCUUGGGUAUGCUAGAUCUUCAUACUUAGUUCUCGAUCUCAUUCGAAGAGUCAGCUUGGGAGUAAUAUCCGGAGCAGCAACUACCUCGAAAGAUCACUGGAUGCACAACCUCAUAGCCUUGGCGAUCACAAUGACACAAUUUGUCUACCUGUCGAGUCUCAAACCUUUCAUCAAGAGGAGUGCCCAUGCAGUAGAAAGCAUUUCCCUGCUAUGCGAGGCAGCCAUCUUCUCCAUUUCCAUGGCUGUCACGACUAAGAAGCCAGAUCCGACGGAGGCUACAGUUCUAGGAUAUGUAAUGGUGGCUCUUCUCCUGCUCACCGCCAUUGCCCAUAUCACGAACGAAUGGUAUGGGUUGGUUUCUUGGCUGGUAAGACUCUCGUGGACGCCACGGUUCAUGGCCAGAGGUCUCAUCCUACCUUUCUUGCCGAGGAAGCAAUGGUCGAGUAUUGUCUUACCGAGUUCAUCCCAACCAAAGACCGGACUGUCCAGCGUUCCUCAGUUGAGUCCCGACACAGAUGUGCCACCGCUAUGUCUGCUACGGUGGUACCCAUGGCGAGUCCAGAUAAUGCUGGAGGGAGAGGGGAAACAGAAGCCAUGGUUGAGGAAAGGAGUGAGCUUAGGAAGCUGAGGGAGCUGGCGAAAGCUAGCUUCUCUGGGGAAGGCGGUAAGCGUCGCAGUAGGGAUCGAGCUCGGGAUUCGGCUUGUAAAGCUGAAGCUGAAGGAGAUGCAUCAUCAUCUUCCAUGAGAUAGCGAGCAAUGGUGGUGGUGGUUCUUGUUUUUUCCUCUCUUUGCCAUUUUGGAACAUUUCAUCCCUGUGUACUAUCUUUAUCGCUGUAAUUUGAGAUUUGUAAUGAUUUUGAUGUGAGAGUGAGUUAGGGUAGGAAAAAAAUCCAGGUUCAGAUGCCGCCGGUGACGGGAGCUGCCGCCUUUGCCGUGACGGACGGGGAGCGGUGGCGCCAUUUCACUUUUGCCGAUCGUGAUCGUGAAGGCUAGUGGAAGCCUGAUUGGGCCUAUAGCGGGCCCGAUAUCGACUCACCAGUUGGAUUACGUUGACACCAUCGAUGAUACCCCGUUUAGCAGCCCAACAUUUCACCUAUAUCAAACCAAACAAGUUAAAGAGUUUAGCCGAAUUAAACAAAUCAUCCAAAUCAACCAUAUCAAACCACGAUAACACUCCGUUUAAAUA